AAACGAAGACAGAAGCAGAAUGAGUGCCACAGCGCUGCAGACCACAGGUUUUGUAUCAGGUGCCAUCGGUACAGUUGGAGUUCUUGCAGCUACAGUUAUGGAUGUCUGGUGCACUGAAGACCAGCAGGAGAACAAGGCAACUUCCAUCCAGCAUUAUAAGGGCCUGUGGAAGGACUGUGAGGUGUCCCAGUCUGGACUCACUGAGUGCCAACCUCUCUACAGCCAACUGAGCUUCUCAAGAAUCCUUCAGACUAUAAGAGCUCUGAUGAUAGUAGCAAUUUUAGUUGGUGUGAUUGCAGUGUUCAUUGGAUUCUUCUGUCUAAAGUGCCUCAAUAUGAGAUGCAUGGAUCUACUGACCAAGGCAAAACUGAUGCUAAGUGCAGGGAUUUUGUUUAUCAUUGCCGGCAUUUUUGAUAUUUCUGGAUCAUCAGUGUAUGCCGAUCAAAUGGUGCCCAGUUUCAUGAUGAGCCAAUACAAUCAAAAGCAAGAUGAGAAGGGAGUGAUACAAUGUGGGAAUGGCAUGGGAGGAAUGAAUUCAUUUGCUUCCAGCUACACAUUUGGUCCAGCUCUCUAUGUAGCCUGGGUAGGUGGAGCUCUGUUAAUUUUGGGAGGAAUUUUGAAAUGCAUCGCCUUCAAAACUAUGGAAACUAACACUGAAACAAGACAGGGAUGUAUUUACAACCACGCAGUCCAGCACAGUGGAGCAGAUGCAGAGUGUCACUUGCAUGAGAGGAGAACAACAACAAAUUGA